GGCUGGGUUGAUUUUUGUCUGGGUUCUCCAUCCCGCCCUGCCCCCCUCAUUUCCACACUGCACUGCUCUUUUUCCCUAAGGACUUGUGGACAGAUGCUUUAACAGUUAUAUUAAACGAGAUCCACUUUGAAGAUUUAUAUCGUAGCGUAGAAACUGAGUUCAUCCACAUUCAUCAUCACAUGUUUUUAUUCCGCUUCAGACAUUUUUAUAAAGUGUGUUCUUUUAAAGACUCAUACAAAGAACUGUUGCUUGUAGCACUUGUGUUUUACAUGGAGUUGCUCCUGCUAGCUCAUUUGUGGUGGGUCAGUUCUUGCUCAUGAAAAAAUUAGUGUUUGGAUCUUGAUGUUUCAGCAUUCAUUCCAUAAAUACUCAUUGGAGGAAUCAGUUGGGUACCAGGCAUGAUUCUAGGCAUUGGAGACACAGAACUUAAUUGGUAGGAUGUGGGCACUCUUCUAAUUGAGUGCUCUUUCAAAGGAGUUAUCAAUGACAGUAAUUACAGUGUAGCUGAGAAAAUGUUGUAAUAAUGGUUAGAACUUGGGGAACAGAGGAGGAAAUAAUUCUUCCAAACAGGGUGAAGGUAUCCAAGAAAUACAAUUUUUUAUAAUUGUAUCUAUUCUGUAUUUUCUUUCAUUUCAAUUUCAUUUUUCUUCAAAAAUGAUUAGGGAUUUGCCAUUCGGGACAGCGGACAAUCUGGUUAGGGGUAUUGAUCAGUCUGAGCAAAAGUGUGGUAUGUUGUGUGAGGUGUAUGCUUUAGAAUGUUCGAGAUUCAAAAGAAGAUAGGAAACAUUUGCUAGGCAUAUCCGUAGACCUUGCUUGACUCUGCCUGUGGCCAAGCAAGGGGGACAGCGUAUGCAAGAGUAAUUGGAGUUCAUGCAAGUUCUAACCAGUUUAACCAGUAGCUGGGUGAAUUGCAGUACUCCAACAUUCUGCUUCUAUCCUCUUACAGUUCCCAUGCUGCAGCGUGGUGGUAUUUAACCUGUUUGUUUAUUUUAGUUCUAAAGGGAAAAAAACAGUUCCUGUCUUUGGUUUUUGUAAAAAAUGUGAAGAAAUAAAGACAUUUAAAUAGAUUAAUUGGCAGAAUCAAUUGUAGUUGAUACAUUAUGAGAAUGGUCACUUGUGUGGCAAGGUUGGAAUAAUUUGUAGAAAAUGCUUCCUAAAAGUCACAGGUACAGUAGACAAAACAGGAAGUGGUCACUGUAGGUAGAGUAGGACCAUUGUACGAGGUUUAGCAGUCUGGAACAGCAGCUCUGGAGUCAGAUCGCCUGUCUUCAGAUCCUUACUCAGUUCCAUAGUAGCUGGGUAAUCUUGAGCAAGGUUUUUUUUUUUUUAACAUUUCCUUCCUGAGUGUGUGAAUGUAGGUAAGAAAUCCUUAGAGGAUGUUUGUUAGAAUUAAUUAUGGCUGCUUCUAGGGGGUAUAAAAGAUUGUCUCUGUCAAAAGGGAAAGGGUAACUACCCUUAGUGGGUUUCCUCUAAAGCUUCCUUGGUCCAUAGUUUAAGGUACAUAUGGGAGCAGUGAGGGGAAACCUUUCCUGUUUUUCAACUUUUAGUUCUUCCCAUAGAACUGAAGGCAAGGUAAGGGAAGAUAUGACUGAACGGAAUUACAGUGCUUAAUAGCACUAAACCAUCUUGUGUUUUCUUCAAAUAAUUUAUUCUUUCCUUCUGAUGUGGGAUUAUAGGCCCUCAGCUGCAUUCUGAGAUAGCUCAGAUGAACCUCUAAUAAAUCAAUCGAUGGGCAAUAGGGAGAUACUUUUCUGUAUAAUAAAUUAGCAAAAAUAAAAUGGUGGUGGUUAUACCUUAUGUGGUCAAGGCUAAAAGAAAUAGAAUGAUAUUCUAAGACCUUGUGCUGGUAGCGUUUAAUUAGGUCUCUGGUUCUCAUCCUGUCUCUGUGUGAUUUAUGUUUCAGCUUCCUCAUAUGGGAAAUGGAGGUGUUAGAUGGGAUGAACCAUCCAGGUCUAAAGACAAGACUAAGCGGAGACCCCGAAGUUUACUAGAGAGACUGCGCUGGGUCACUCUGGGCUACCAUUAUAACUGGGACAGUAAGAAAUACUCAGCAGAUCAUUAUACACCUUUCCCUUCUGACCUGGCUUUCCUCUCAGAGCAAGUCGCCACUGCCUGUGGAUUUCAGGGUUUCCGAGCAGAAGCAGGUAUCCUGAAUUACUACCGCCUAGACUCCACACUGGGAAUCCAUGUGGACAGAUCGGAACUAGAUCACUCCAAACCCUUGCUGUCCUUCAGCUUUGGACAGUCUGCCAUCUUUCUCCUGGGUGGCCUCAAGAGAGAUGAAGCUCCCACAGCCAUGUUUAUGCACAGUGGUGACAUCAUGGUAAUGUCAGGUUUCAGCCGCCUGUUAAAUCAUGCAGUCCCUCGAGUCCUUCCACAUCCUGAUGGGGAGUGCCUGCCUCACUGCCUGGAGACACCUCUCCCAGCUGUCCUCCCUAGCGGAUCAUUGCUUGAGCCCUGUUCUGUGGAAGACUGGCAGGUGUGUGCCACCUACUUGAAAACUGCCCGAGUUAAUAUGACUGUUCGGCAGGUACUGGCCACAGGCCAGGACUUUCCUUUAGAACCCAUGGAGGAGCCAAAAAGAGACAUUACUGCAGAUGGUUUGUGCCAUCUGCAUGACCAGAAAAGCCCUGUAAAACGGAAGAGGUUAAAUACCAACGACUAAAGCUUAGGGGACUCUCUGGUUGCCUCACACAGGGGCAGGGAAGAACUCACCUGUCAUGCUUCUGCCUUGGGCCCAUCUUAGAGCAUAAACUGAGUUUGUCCAGAGAAGUGUCCUACUCGGCCCAGUUCUAGCUCUUAUUAGGUGUGUGUGUGUUUGUCAUACCACAUUGGUAUAAUGGUCCACACAGACGAAAGCAUUUGAAGUGAGUUCAUAUGUCUGUGUCGAGUCAACACCUCACAGUUUGCUGAUAGGAAAUAGUGUCUUUCUCCCAGCACUUUGUGAUCUAUGAACCAGCCACCAGAAUUCCUAACUUCUAGCCGUCAAAUUCUUUGGCUCUUCACUCUUUUUUGCUCUCAUAGAGGAAUCUUAAGCAGAUGAAGACAGUGGAAUUAAAACUGUGACCCUCGGGGCUGGGGAUUUAGCUCAGUGGUAGAGCGCUUGCCUAGGAAGCGCAAGGCCCUGGGUUCGGUCCCCAGCUCCGGAAAAAAAAAGAACCAAAAAAAAAAAAAAAAACUGUGACCCUCAGGAGUCACAGUUGUCACAUGAUUGGUGGAGCACAUGCCUGCCAUGCACUAAGCCCUGGGUUCAAUAACCAGUACCACAUAAGCCAGAUGCAGUGCAUCCCUGUUUCCCAUGUACUCUGGGGUACAGGAUCAGACUUGAAGGUCAUCCUGCAUCUCUAGACUCUUCCUGAUAAGUUUUUAAUUUGCUUAAAAGUCUCUAGGGUGUUUUGUUAGCUGUUUUCUCCAUGAAUAAACUUACUCUACAUUAAAGAUCUCUAUCUGUCUUUGAGAUUAGUGUAUCAGGAAUUUACUUUUCCCUCAUUUUAUUGUAUUGUUCAUGCUAUUGAAGUCUCAAGCUGUCUUUCCUUUCCCCUAAGUAUUGUGCUGUUGCAGGAAAAAUGUUCCUUGACCAUCCAGUCAUGAUGUCAAAAGUGCAAUGUCGUCUCCAUAGGGGAAUUUGGUGCUCCUUUCUAGAAACUGAGUGUGCCUGUUAAUUUGGGAGACAGGGACAGGCUGGAAGCCACUGUGCUGCCUGAAGUGUGAUUUGUUCCAUUUCCAUCUUUCUCUGCCCUGUCCCCCCACCCCCUUUAUUUAUCUGCACUUGAUCAUUGAGUUUGUAUGAGAAUAGCAGGUAUGGUAUUUUUUUAUAAAGAAAAAUUAAUACAUAUCCCUUAUUUUUCCUUAACUUUUUCUUGAUAGGUUAUUAAACUUGAUCCACAUAAAACCAACAAGCUGGGGUUUUUUUUGGGGGGGGGGUGGUGAGCCCAACAGAAAGUUUAUCGAUGCCAUUAAAACAGGCGAGUUAGCUAGGCAGGGGUGGCACUUGCCAUAAUCCCAGCACUCAGGAGGUAGAGGCAAGUGGGGCUCUGAAUUUGAGACCAGCUUGGUCUACAGGAUGAGUUUUAGGACAGCCAAGGCUGUUACACAAAGAAACCCUGUCUCAGGAAGGAAAAAACCUAUAGAAAGUAUCAGAUAAGGCACUCUUAGAGCCAGCUAGAAUAAGCUAGCCAGGAACACCCGGGGUGGUGGGCCCCUGUAGGGAACGCAUUCAAAUAGACUGGAUUAGAGGUCAGCACACUGUGGCUCAUUUUCUUUUCCUGUGUGCAAGCCUUUCUAAGUGGCUGUGGGGAGGGUUCAUAAGAAUGUUCUAUAAAGUCCCAACAUCCAGAGUUAAUUUCUUGAAUGAGAGGCAACUGGAGAGAUGACCCAGAAGAACCCUAUGUUCCGUUCCCAGCACACAUACAUGACAGCUCAUGAGUAUCGAACUCCAGUUCAGGGGAGCCGACACCCUCUCUGGCCUCUGGUACCCAAGUGCACAUGUACAUACAUAAAGAGGCAAAACACAAACACAUCAAAAAAAAAAAAACGUGUUUAGUGAGGUUUGUGUGUGUGUAUUUUAAAGAUUUUAGGAACAAAUACCUUUGAGUAUUUUGAGUACAAGGUUAGAGAAUCCUACAGAACCUAGAAAAUCUGAUCAGCACCUUGACAGAACAAGUUUAGCCUCCUAAGAAACUGCAUCUGAAGGAAAAAGCCUGUCACCUAGGAAGGAACCGUGGAAGUACUGUUUUUCCAAGAACUAAAUUCAAGUGCUGCUCGGAGAGUCCAGUUGGUGUUUUCUCAGUGCAGAGGUGCAGGGAGGUAGGACCCUGCUAGUCUGCUCUGCUGUGAGGAUGUAAACUAGAGUCCCCUCUUGGGUGUUUGCAUUGUGGAACGUGGUCCCACGCUGUGUCCUUUUUUCCGCUCAAAUCAUUUGAGAAAUCAUGUGACAUCCUGUUUUCAGUAGUGUUCUUGGGCCCAAUAAAUUUCACUACUGAGAUUUGAGUCUACAAAAGUUAACAGAGCCAUGCAGGGAGGUUUUUGUUCAUGAAUGUUUAUCAGAGUAAAGAUCUAGAGCAAGUUCAUGUCCAGCAUCAGGAAGCGGCUGCUCAAACUCUUAUUUCUCCACAAAUGGUUCUGGAGCACCUUCAGCUAAGCAACUGGAGUCAUGCUGACGUCACACCGAAUACAGAAAACAACUGCUUUUUCAAGGACAGCAGGGGGGUGGGGAGCCAUAGUGUAGAAAGUGACAACUAUACAGAGCAACAUUCUGUACAGAAUGUGAAAUAGUUGUUAAUUUUUAUUUAAGUUAUGUAUGUACUUCUGAUUUAUAUUUAUAACCUUUUAAAAACUUUCUUAAUAAAAUUUUAUUUUUUUAAAA